GAGAGAGAGGUACACUGUUUCCUAAGAAUCCUCCCUUCUCUGAGCCAAGAGAGUCUUCCAGGUACACCUUCAAAUGCUCUCUGGUGCUGAUCCAUAGUCUUUUGGAUGGUGGAUUUGAACACUGGUUCUGUGCUCAGAGCUUGGUUCCUAGAGAGAAGAAGUCACGCCUGUGUUUAGAUGUCCAGAAUAUUGCAUUGGAAACUGACUCCGACCUGUUAAAACAGAAACACAGUGAAGAGAAUCACAUUGGUUUGGGCCUGGAGUUUGUACAAACUGUACUUGAAUCAGAAGGUCCAAGGACUGUGAGGAGCUGCAUUCAAUUGCACUUUCUCUAGAGGAGGAAAACCACUUCAACCUGCAACAUGCCCCACUCAUUUGACUGGGUUUGCAAGGAUGUGGUCAAGAAACUUCAAGGAAAAGAUCUGAAGCCUGUCAAACGUCUGUCAGAUGCGAUGAAGUUCCGCCACUUUGAGAUACUGCAGACAGAUCCUCAGUCACUGUUUUGGAAAUCUGAAGACAGUCCAGUUGGAUAUUCCCUCCUGCAGAUCUUAGAGCCAAAUUGUCCAGUCCCAGAGCCUGAAGUGUCUGUUCCCAUCCCCCUGAAACACACUGAAUCCCGGAAACUGAAGGCUAACACUGGUGUCAACGCCAUUGCAGAAGGAAGUGUAUCAGCAGAGUUUGUUCAGUCCUGUGGAUACGACAUCGAGGUUCAGUGUACUAGCAUCCCAGAUUCAAAACUGGAAAGUCUUCAAAACAGGAAGCUUCUCGGUCAGGAGCCAUCAUUUGUGAAGAAUUGCCGCAUGGGAAAGAAGGAACUGUAUGUGGUGACAGAGGCCUUUGAAGUGACCAAGGGUACUGUGCUGGAAGACAGCAGCAGUGUAGAACUUUCAGGAAAAGUGGGCAUCCCCCAUCAGAUUGCCAAGGGUCAAGCCCAGGGACAGUGGCGAAGUGACAGAACAGAUUCAGUGCCUAUCCUGAAGGGUGCAGUGGUGGCCUACAAGAAGAAGCAACUGGUCAUUGAGAAUAAUACAUGUGCCAUUCUCCUUUCUGCUAAAGCUAAGAAGAAAACCUUUCUAGGUAUGGUACCUAGGCUGCUAAGAGGUUUUGCUGCCUCAGAUGAGAUGGUCGGAAUAUGUUCUGGAGUCAUUGAGACAGGGCCACAUUCAAUAAGAAGGCAAGUCAGGAAGAUAAAUUAUAUCUCUCCAAUUGGAAGGAUAGAGGAACCCUUCCAUCUAGAUUUCAAGCGCCUGCAAGAUGAGGUUUCUGAGAAAACAUGGGAACUGUCCAUGCUUUCAAAGGAUGUUCAAGAUGUCGUGUUCUCUAGCCUCCUGCCCAUGCUCAGUGACAGGGAGAUUCUGUAUAACCUGAUGAACAUGCUGGAAUUGGAUCAGUCGGGGCAUAUGGAUGGCCCAGGUGCUGUGAUCCUAGAUGUGCUGCGACAGGACUCAAGACCCCCAUGGAUUGACCUAAAGAACCUCAUUCUUUAUCUCCUUCAAGCCCUAAUGGUGCUGAGUGAUACCCAACUCAGUCUGCUGGCCCAGUCUAUGGAGAAGAGGCUCCUCUUCCAUCAACAAGAGCUGGUAAAGAGUAUCCUGCAGCCGAACUUCAAGUAUCCCUGGAAUAUCCCCUUCACUCUCCAGCCUCAACUUCUUGCCCCACUCCAGGGUGAGGGCUUGGCCAUUACUUAUGAAUUGCUGAAGGAGUGUGGUCUGAAGAUGGAGCUGAAUAAUCCCAGGUCAACUUGGGAUCUGGAAGCCAAGAUGCCUCUGUCUGCCCUUUAUGGGAGUCUGUCAUUAUUGCAGCAACUUGUAGGCGCCUAAAUCUUCUUCAGGGUCUGGCCCCAGCUCAGACCAUGCUGAGUCCUGGAGACAUUAGAGAUGUGGACCAUGGUACACACAAGAGUGGUGUUUUCUGUGCAUGUUCUAGGGUGGUGGGAAUUAGGAUGCUGAGGAUUAUUCUUUUCAAUUUAUAUUCAUUCACAAUUAUAUAAAUCAUAUAUUUUGAUCAUAUUCACCCCCAUGUCCUUUUUUUGUAUAUCCUUCCUCCAAGCUCCUUCCUAACAACUUCUUAUUCAACUUUUUCCUUAUGUUCUGUUGCAUUUAAUUAGGGUGGUUUGUAUCACUGUGGGCUUAUUAACUUGAGUAAGGGUGACUUUCCAGAGGCUACACUGCUGAGGAAUAUAACUCCUCUCCCCCCAGCAGCAUUAACUGCCAACAGUGUCUUAGGGAGGGAUUACGUUAUAGGACACUCCUCUAUCCAUGAUGGAAUGUUGGUGACCCUGGCUUUCUUGUCGUGAGAAGGUAACCAUUGCUACUGUCAGUUUAUGGGUGUAAUAGCUAAGCCAUAUCCUUGCCAUGUCCAUGAAUAAAGAUGCUGGUAUCCGUCAAAGAUCCUUAAAUAGUUGGUUAAAGAUUUAAAUGUUUUCUUCUAUAUAACAUAAAAUAAAUGUUACUUUUACUUAA